GUGUAUAUGUAAGAGCGAUAUAUAUAUUUUAAUAUCUACUUCAUAAUUAUCGCGUUAUUUCGUGUUCUCUUUUGAACAGGAAUUAUUUGCAUUGAACACGGAAUUGGAUAAAGUUCCAUCUAGUUGAUCACGCUACAUAUGAAAGAGUUCGAGGGAUGUAUCUCUGACGCGAACGGCUAUUUUAUUAGAAACUGCACACAAGUCUUGAUUUAAAUUGUAAGUUGUCUCUACUCAACGAUAUGGAUCUAGAAAAUCACCGGAAAAAUUCGGAGAAGAGCUUUGACACUGAUGAUGAUUCCGAUUAUGCUAUGAUAAGACAAAUAAAAAUGGAGCCAGAAACGAUGUUUUCAUCUCCCGAUGAUGAUAUUAUGGCACAACUGCAACAAGAUAGCUCCGAUUUGGAAGUCGAACCUAGUUUUACUUUAGAAGGCACUGCAAAUGGUGAAUACAACAACGAUGGAAUAUUAAUGCAGCACAUGGACAUCAGAGAACCCUUGUCAACGUUAAAGAGCCUUUUAGAAGAGAGGCUUACGAUAGAUUUAAAAAACUAUUCGUUUUGGUUACAAAAUGCUCAAAUGCUGGAGAGCCAUAAAAAUCUGGUUGAUCAAUGUGUCCAAGGAGAAGGACUGGUCCAAAUUAAUGUACAAAUCAAACCAAUGCAAAAACGUAUUAAUAUAGCAGAUGUUCUUAAACCAGCGGAAGAUUAUAUCGAAGUUGUGGAAAAUAAUUCACCAGUGCCUGUUGUCCAAGAAAAUAAAAGAAAUGUCAUAAAAUGGACGGUAGAUGCGCAAUAUAAGAAAGAACAGGAACGUUUGAAAAUACCGACUGAUCCAAAAGAUUGGUCGGAAACACAUGUCAAACAUUGGCUGCAAUGGGCCGUUAGGCAAUUUAGUUUGGUAUCGUUGCGACUGGCAGAUUGGAACAUAACUGGAGCGCAACUGUGUAAUCUUACUAUGGACGAGUUUCAUGCAAAAGUGCCUCUUGAUCCAGGAGAUGUGUUUUGGACACACUUUGAACUCCUUAGAAAAUGCAAAUUUGUCGCUGUAGUGCAAAAAGAUGCAUCGGACUCACCUGGCGAAGAAACUGUAGAAAAGUCUAAAGGACGAAGCCAAAAAGCAGCAAAACCAAAGGCCAUGCUGAAUCAACAAUCACGUGUAUUUCACAUGCCACUGGAGAAUGUUGACCCGAGUUCGAUUAGUUUAGCCACUUCCAGUCGAUCCGUCAACAGCGGUCAGAUACAACUGUGGCAAUUCUUAUUAGAAUUGCUAACAGACAAAGAAUAUAAAGGUGCGAUUCAGUGGAUAGGAACUGAAGGAGAAUUCAAGCUUAACCAGCCGGAAGCAGUGGCGCAAUUGUGGGGGGCACGUAAGAACAAGCCGUCGAUGAAUUAUGAAAAAUUGAGUAGAGCGCUUCGAUAUUAUUACGAUGGUGACAUGAUUUCUAAAGUUCAUGGUAAACGGUUUGUCUAUAAAUUCGUUUGCGACUUGAAACAGCUGUUGGGUUACUCAGCCGCAGAACUUAGUAAACUUGUCGAGGAAGGAAGAAGAUAUUUCUGAUGAAAUCAAUCAUUUCUAGUUGCUGCUGAUAAAACAUUUAGCAUUAUAGACACAAGGACAAUAUUUUAUUUAAUGUAAAUGACUUAUAUAUAUGCUUUAAACGUGUAUAUAUACAAUGAACAAUAUUCUACAUUACAGUACAUAAAACGAAAGUUCUAUCUGUAGAGAGUCUAUUGAAAAACUCAAAUAUUAUACGUUCUAUGAUUUAUUUAGGUCUAAACAGUUUUUUGCAUGUAGUUUUUAAACAAAUUCAUUGAUUCUGCAAAUAACGUUAUAUUGCAGCACAGAGAAGUGAUACGAUAUAAUUAAUAUUUCGAUAAAAAUAGGUUUUCGAUAUCAAGCGUUUAUUUUAUUAGAUCUUUUAGCAUAAGUAUGUAAGGUACAUCGUAAAAAUGUUUCAAAACUUGAAAUAUUUAUUGUACAUCUGCACUACACUCUGAUAAUCUUUCACGUUUCUAGUUCUCUAAUAAGAAAAAAAGAAUUUUUUUAUUAUAUAUAUAUUACAAAUGUAUUUCAUAUAUCGAAAGAGUGUAGUCACCAGCUUAGAAAAAUAUAUUAUUGUUUUUGGAAAUCGCUAUAACGUUGUAAUAAAUUUAAGAAGCUUGUGCAUGGCGAUAUAGAAAAUCGACUAACAGAAAACUCUUAAACGCACAUGUAUGCAACGUUGAUAUAUUUUUAUAUAUAAUACAAAACCGAACGUUACGAUACAAAAUUCUAUAAGGAUUUAUUGGAUAUAUAAAUAUGUUAUAGAGAGAGAGAGUACUCUUUGAUAACAUUAACGUUGUAAUCUAAAAUAUUCGAAUAAACGCAACGUAUCUUUACAGAA